AACUUGUGACGCCAAUGCGCGUGGAAAUGAGCAAAGCUCCAUUUUUCUAUAGGCCUACGUUGUACAUGGACGACCAUUUAAUAUAAUUUUAAUUGAAACAAACAGGAUCUAGAUAUAGAUUUACUUUAUAUUAACAAAUAAGAAUAAUAUAAACUGUUUGUAAAAAUAGUUAGAACAAAUGAAAAUGCGUUUCCUAAUGGUACUCGCGAGGGAAUACUGCUGUUUGGAAACAAGGUUUAUUUUUAGAAACAAAAUCUCAGACCGAGGCUACAAUAUUCAAGAUGGCAAUUGUUAGACAUACAGUCGAGAAAGGAAAAAGCACUAGAUCUAGAUCUAGAUCUAUAAAGUUAUAAAAAACUAGAUCUACUUGGAACCAUCACAUACACAUAUGAACUAUAUUUUUAUCAAAGAGAUUUGAAACAAUAUUUUAUAUGGACAAGUUGUUACAGUUUUUACAUAAUUAAAAUGUCUUCACAAGUGUUUUGGAGUUUAGAGCAUAUCUUUUUGAAUUACCUGUGAUGGCUGCUGAGCUAAAAGACACAUAUCACUGCUUAUCUAAUAUUCAAGUGCAUAAAACUGUUAAACACCAUAACCUGCAUCCAACAUCAAUAGCGCCACCAAGUCACCCACUUUCUCUUCCAAUAUAUCAUCCUUUAUACCUGACCCCUAAUACUUUAACAAAUUCAAGCAGGGAACUGGAAGUAAAUGGGAAUUAUCAUAAAAGUUCUGAUUUAAAUAUGCCUGGCAAAACUUGCCUCUGUGAAAUUAAUGGAUUUAUGACUCAAGAGGGAUUAGACCUGGAAGCACUUGAAAAAGAAUCAGGUCUACCAUACGUUGUAACUGAUGGUGCCCUUCAUUCUCUUACCUGUCAUAAGUGUUUUAACACUCACAUGGGAGUGUUAUCAACUGCUACAGGAGAGGACAUGCACAACUUAAUUACAAAAAAAAGAAGAGGAUCCAACAAUGGCAGUUUUGAAGGAUCGUUAGAGAAAAUUGAUGAAGAUCAAAUCUUCAGUGACUCUGUCAAUUCUCCAAGUAUUAAUAGUCUAACCUCAUCUUCAGUUGAAAAAAAUGAUUUACUUUCCAACUUGAAAAACGAGACUACUGAGAGUUGCCCAAAUGUUUAUUCUUUCAACACUCAUAAUUUAGUGAACAGCACAAUGAUUAUGAGUUUAAAUUCAUCCUCUACAACAUCAUCUCCAUCAUCCUCUUCACCAUCUUCUUCUUUGAAAGAUUUUAGCCCAUUACCACAGAUAAAUGAGAUUUUGCAUGAAGAAAAUUCUUUGGAUAUUUCAAAAUAUAACUUAACAAUUCAGAGUGAGGAAACACUGCUUGAAGUGAACCAAUCCCAGAAUGCCACAUUAGGUGCCAUGGAUGCCAUGGAAGAUUCAAGGACAGAUAAACUUUCACCAGAUGAAAACUCUGAUACUGUUAAACCAUUAGACUCUAGAUCUCUAAGUCUUCCAAUACCAUUCCACAUUUUGAAACACUCGUCUAAUUCUUUAAAAGACAGAAAUCUCACUGACAAACCACCAGCAGGUCCUUUAAGCAGCCAACGCAGCAAAAAUCGUCCACCUCCUCGACAGUCAUGGUUAUUACGAUUGUUUGAAUCAAAAAUGUUUGAUAUGACUAUUGCAAUAACUUACUUAUAUAAUUCAAAGGAACCAGGUGUACAAACUUAUAUAGGCAACAGGAUGUUUAGUUUUGAUGAUGCUGAAGUAGAUUUUUACUUGCCUCAGUUGCUAAAUAUGUACAUACAUAUGCAUGAUGUUGCAGAAGCCAUUCAUCCAUAUCUUAUCCACAGAUGCCGAAAUUCAAUUGAGUUUUCUGUCAAUGCAGCAUGGCUUUUAAAUGCUUAUUCUGCUGACACUUUAAAACCAAAUUGGAAAAACUCACAAGGGAUAAAGCUUAGAGACAUGAUUCUUAAGGAAGAGUUCAGGCCACAGUUACAAAGUCCUACUGGAAAUAUAAAGUUUCCUGUCGCAAACAGCUGUGUACACCGUCAGCACUCUCUUGCAGUAGGAGCAUUACAUAGUAUAUCAAGCCCAGGACAUUUGUCACUGAGCGUAAAUCUUACAGGAAGUAGUCAGACAUCUGCAGCUCUUGCACUACUAUCUACUAUACCUCAGCUGAGUCAGGCUGCAGCUAGCACAGUAGUUAAAAAAACACAUCAGAGGUCUCGUUCAGAAGCAACAGGUAUGCUAGUAAAACACAGUGAGUCUACUCCAACACAAAAUACUUUUUUUGCUGGUGACCUGUCAUCUGGAAGGGCUUUUGACAAUGGCUGUCAGUGUUAUCACAAAUCAGAAGCUGUCUUAAAUGAUUUAAAAGGCCGUGAAACCAAUUGUCAGUGUGAUGCACCAAGGCUAUUGCCCCAAGAGCAGUUUAUUAAAGCUCUGCUUGAUAUUGGGAAAAAAUUGCAACUGCUCCCUACCAAAGAACAUAGAGCAUCUCAGUUGAUUGCAGAACUAGCUUUGGUAAACUUGAACCUACCUGCCAGAGUUUGGCUACCUAUAUCUCAUUCUAGAAGUCACCAUGUAGCUAGAAUACCUCACACCCAAGCUGUUGUUCUUAAUUCCAAAGAAAAGGCACCAUUCAUGAUUUAUGUGGAAGUUUUGAAGUGUGAUAAUACAACAACAAGUCAAGUUCCACAUAAAAUUUUAGAGAACACACUUCGUUUUACUCGCUCAGAGGAAGAUUUAAGUCAGUUAGUGCAGCAGCCUGUUAAUGGCUCACCACGUCCAGAAUUUAGUGUUUAUGGAACAUGCCAAGACUUUGAUGAUGCAGACUGUUGGUCACAAGAAGAUGAUGAAAUCAUUGCAUUGGCAAAUAGGUGUAGGUCAAGUGAUACAAUUUCCCAGCUUUCUACUGAAAGCUCUGCAAGUGCUGAUAGCAAAGAUCCAGUUUAUAUUGCUGCUGGGGACAUCCGCAGACGAUUAUCAGAAAAUCUUGCAGCCCCAAAGAAAAAGUUUGAGCGUGACCCAGAGGAUCCAUCGGCAGCAGCUCUUAAAGAACCGUGGGAGGAAAAGGUUGCCCGUAUUCGCGAAACAUCUCCUUAUGGUCACUUGCCAAAUUGGCAGCUUAUGUCAGUAAUAGUUAAAGUUGGAGAUGAUCUUAGACAAGAACUAUUGGUUUAUCAGGUGCUUAAACGAUUACAGAUGUUCUGGAUGGAAGAGCAUGUUCCUCUAUGGAUUAAACCUUAUAAGAUUGUUGUUACAUCUCGUGACAGUGGUAUGAUUGAGCCAGUGCUUAAUGCUAUAUCACUGCAUCAGAUUAAAAAGCAUAGCAAAUUGUCUCUACUGGACUACUUCAUCCACGAGUUUGGCCCAAAAACUAGUGAAGAAUUUCUUACAGCUCAAAGAAACUUUGUUCAAAGUUGUGCUGGCUAUUGUUUAGUUUCAUACCUGCUACAACUAAAAGACAGACACAAUGGCAACAUUCUUCUGGAUUCUGAUGGGCAUAUCAUUCACAUUGAUUUUGGUUUUAUUUUAUCAAACUCUCCAGGAAAAAAUUUAGGAUUUGAAAACUCACCUUUUAAGCUCACCCACGAAUUUGUAGAGGUCAUGGGUGGUCUGGGAAGUGACAUGUUUGAAUAUUUUAAAAUAUUGAUGCUUCAAGGAUUUGUCGCCUCACGCAAGCAUAUGGAUAAGAUUUUACCAUUGGUAGAAAUUAUGCAAACAGGCUCUCAGCUUCCAUGCUUUAAUAAGGGAUUCAGUGCCUUCCGAGCUUUGAAAGAUAGAUUCCACAUGACAUCAACAGAAGAACAGUUGCAGUUAAUUGUAGAUGGAUUAGUGGAAGCAAGUUUACAUUCUCUGACAACAAAGCUUUACGAUAAUUUUCAGUACUUUACUAAUGGAAUUCUGUAAAAUUCCUAAUGUUGUCUAAAUCCUUCCAUCAAAUUAAUAAUCAACUGGUAGUAUUUUUAAAAAGUGCAAGAGUUGACAAAGACUAUUAGAUCACACUAGUGGAAUUGAAAUUUCAGAUUUUUAUAGAAACAAAAUUAUUCUAAAAGCUAGUAAUAAUGUACAUAGAAUAAGGAUUGUAAUAUAGUAAACUAAAUAGUUGCUUUUUAAUUUGUAUAAAAUUUACUAUACAACACGUUAGUUGUGUUAUGAGAACUAGUCACGCCUAUUACAUUUAGUCAAGUUUACUAUGAUUAUUAUUGUAUCUUUUAUUCUUCACCUAACAAUAUAAAAAAUCUUUUAAUCCAUGUUGCUCCUUGGAGGCUCUGAAAUUUGAAUUAAUUAUAAUUAAAACCCAAUUUUAUUGUAAAAGUUGACUCACUGUCUAUUCUUCCUUCAAUCCUUCUACAUUCACAUCUUUCUUCCCUUCUGUCACUGCUCCACCCACCUCCCCCUAACCUCGGCCAUUGUUUCCCUUUGGCAGCACACAUCUUUAGAGAAUGUCAGUUUACCCUUGAAUAUUAUUAAUCUUUAAGUGAAGUUUAAGUAUAAAGUGGCAGUGUUUAUAGCUAUCUACAAUAAGCCUAGUUGUAGUACUAUGUAAGAUUUAACAUAUACUUAAAGAAAUAAGUAGCAUUACAUUUUUUGUUUAAAUUUCUAUACUUUAAAUCUUCAGUCACUAGCAAAUUUAAACAAUGCCAACAAUAAAUCAAUGUAACUUGUUUUUUUAUUAUCAGAAGUUGUGUUUGAAAUGUGCCUAUUUAUGUUUUAUCUGUAAUUAUUGUAAUGGUUUUUCUUUUCUGAAAUAUUGUGAUAGCCAGUUUAAUACUAUGAGAUAUAUAAUUGUAAAAUUUUUAAAUACUUUAAAAAAAAAGAGUGGCUAAAUAUGCAAGUAAACUUUUUAUUAUAUGAUGUCAUAUAUGCAAUUAUUCAUUUAAUGUGUCAUGUCAAAAAGAAUUAAAAUAGGAAAAUAAUGAUUCACUUCAAUGCUGUUUAUUUUUACUAUUAUUUUAACAAUUGUGAAUGGGUUUUUUCUUUUUUUUUAAGAAUACAAAUUCUUACCCAGUACACCAUACAUCUGAAGUGGACAUGUAUUGGUAAACAACAAAUGUAUUUUUACCUUCUUAUGAUCUACAGAAAUUUAAGUUGGUUGAUUAAAAAACCAUUGCUACAGUUGGGCUAUUUUAAUAGAUUUUCUGAAAAGUGGUUAUGGAUUAAUGCUUCAAACCUCGAAAUACAAAUUGGUAUAAAUAACCAGUCUAACUUUUAUCAAGUGUUCAUCUAAGCUAAAAUGCAAAAGCAAAAAAAAUAUAAUGAUGAAGUAAUUAUUGAUUUGAAAUAUCUUUAUCUUACAUUAUUUAAAUAUUACUUAUGAUAGGGAUAGAUCUAUAUUUUUUUGGAGGCAGCUGAUUUUAACUAGAUGAGUACGAUCGUUAUUUUUUAUUUUGUUAUAGCGGUUGGUCAGAAAUAAUCUUUAGAAAAACAUACAGAAAUUAUUUUUUUUUUUUUUAAAUCAAUGUUAUAAAAAGAUACUGAGAUAUUGAAAAUAUUACUUUAUUGCAUUAAAGUUCAAGGCUUCAAUUCUAUGUAUUGUAUCAACCUAAAGUUUCACUUUCGUUAAAUUGAUUGUACAGAAACUCCAUGAUUGGAUCCUUCAAAAACCCCACUUUGUAUUAAUUUGUGCUCAACAUUUUGACCAUAAAAUAAUAAAAUUAAUUUUUUUUACCACAUGACCUAGGUCUAGUAUUGCCAUGUUUGAUUACGUUUUCAGUGAUAAAAUUGAAGAAAAAAAAACUUUUUU